UGCCGACAAUUGCAGCAUCACGUUUCUCUCUGACGAGUUACCGCCGGAGGACGCACCGUGCUCAUCCAUCCGUAGAGUCAUCUGCGGACGCAAUCAUGCUAUUAGGGAACCAUCCAUUGUGUGCGGAUCGCACAAAUUUUCAUAUAUCAGCAUCUCGUUCUCAGCUGACGAUGCUAACCGGACGUGUCGCCAACAGUAUGAUGGUUGGCUGUUGUCAACAGACAUGCCUCAGGUCAGCUGCGUCUCUCAGCUCCUGAAUUCGUCUCCGGUGCUGAGAGACAACAACGUCACCACCAUACCCCUCUACACCAGCGGCACGAACGGGUCAGCUGAUUGCGAGGUGUAUUUGCCAUCAAGGUCGGCAGUAAUUCGAGACUCCUGCACCGCAGCCAGGCCGACCGUCUGCGUGUCUCGGUACUGCAACGUCAACGACAACUUGGUGGCCGUACGAAAUGAAGACCGGUGUGUGUGCAGACGCGGUUAUAUCCGUACAUUCGCACACAGAUGUGAAUCCAUUGUUGAGCUACUAAGUUCUACUGGACAAGCAGCAGUGAGUUCAAACAUCACUGUGUUUAGCUGGUUAGAAUCAGAGUGGAAAGUAGACAGUGUGUACACACAGAAUACACUUUACCAGCUGGAUAAUCUCUCCUUACCUGAAGGGAUAUUUGCCAUCAGAUCUGCUGGCCGGAUCAUCUACACGUUCUCCACUUCUCUUCAGCAAGCUGACACUGCUGCUGCAGAGCUGGCCAAAAAUCACUCACAAUUCCUCACCUUGAAAGGCAGCGCGAAUGAUGUUCUUGUGCCGACAGCCCAUCUGCGGAACUUCCUGGUCAACUUAAGCCUCUGGUUUAGGCCGCACCAAAUUGAGUGUAUUUAUAUUACUAAUGCAAACCAGUCAAACAUCUGUAGUUACAGUGUGUUCAAUGAGUCAGUCCAGUUCAAGGAUGGCCUGUACGAGUUUGCCCUGUCUCCACACAACUCUACAGUACUAAGUGUACCUGUUCUAUACAGAGUUCACCCAAGACCCACUACCACUGUAACUAUGAUGACCAGCAUGCCUUUGUCAACCAAUACUCCCGCCCCACCAGCAAAGGGCCGCAUGUUUGGUUUGUAUGCAGGUAUUGGCACUGGAGUGGCAAUACUGGCUGCACUCUUUCUCAUAGUUUGUGUGGUGCUGGUGAUACGUUAUCGGAAGGGUGGAGUCAAUGUCGUUGCUCAGAGGACUUGUAAGACUUGAAGAAUGCACUUAGUAAUAUGCAUGCAUGUACAAAGUGGAGUUGCUGUUGACUUUCCAAAGUGUUCAACCCACGAAGAGGAGCGUGCUACAUAGGAUGCACAUAGGCGUGUACAAUACACACAAACCAACUGUCGGUUCCAAGCCAGUCUUUUCAACAGCAAAGGAGAAUCGGUUGUACUAAAAUUGUGUUCUUAUUGAAUUGCCAGGACACUAAGCACUCCUUGCAGCCCUAACCUACACGGAUACAAUAGUAACAUAUGAAUACCGGGUAGCUAUGAUUCACACAGUUACUAGAGCGCACUGAUGCUGUGAUGCUUUCUGCUGGUUUAAUACUGGCUUGCUGGUCACUGGACUGCAUU